AUGUCGGCUGCCAGCCACCUGGAUGAGCUGCAGUUGCAGCGGCUGGAUGAGAUGUGCAUUGUCAUUGAUGAAAAUGACCGCAUCCUCGGGGCUGAGACCAAGAAGAACUGCCAUCUUCGGGAGAACAUCGACAAAGGACUGCUGCACCGAGGCUUCUCCGUGGUUAUCUUCAACACAGAUGAUGAGCUCCUGCAUGGGACACUCCUGAGGGAUGACCUCUGGGACUGCUCAUGCAAACAGCCCCCUCCCAUAGGCCACUUCUCCGACUCAUGCUCCAGUCACCCACUGUUCACCCCAGAAGAGUGUGAGGACAAGGACAAGCUGGGAGUGCGGCGAGCAGCCCUACGCCGGCUGCUGGCAGAACUGGGAAUUCCCCCAGAUCAGAUCUGCCUGCAGGACAUCAUCUUCAUGUCUCGGAUGUAUCACCACAGCCCGUCUGACGAGGUCUGGGGGGACCACGAAGUGGGCUACCUCCUGUUCGUGAGGAAGAACCUCACAGUGAAGCCCGAUCCCCGGGAAGUCAAGAGCUACCACUACAUGAACAAGGAGCAGCUGGCCGAGCUCCUGGACAGGGCAGCGAAGGGCCAGGAGCGGGUCACACCCUGGUUCCGUACCAUUGUUGAGGGCUACCUGUUCCGUUGGUGGGAACACCUGAAGGAUGUGUCCCAGUUUGUGGAGCCUGACACCAUCCACAGGCCGGAAGGCACACGCAGCCCUGGCCAGCCCCCGAUGGAGGGCGGAGUGGGGUCCCUGCCCCCUGACACAGUCUAAGCCUGCUUCACACCUGCCUCCCCCACCACAGCUCAGUCGCCAGCUCCAAAAUAGCCUUUUCUGCACUUAUUGGGGGUCUUUCAGCUGACAGCUCCAUGCUCCUGCCCUUACAGCUUAGCUCUGGCAAUUCUCCUCCCACUGUGCUGUUGAGGGAUCCAGCCUAAAUAGGGAUAACCAGGUCCCCCAACCUCUCCCGGGAUACUGUACAGUCAGAUGCCCUGACCUUGAGCCCCUACUUUCUGCUGCCUCACUAGAGAGAUCUGCCAUGAAAUAACAGCCUGAGAAGGUUGAGAGGAGAUGGUGGCAGAUGCCAGCUCAGCUAGAAAACAGCUUAUAACCUCAUGCCAGUACUUAACCAAGAUAUACCUACCUGGUCACAUCAAAUAGAGGCUUUGAUAGUAUAGUGGGGAGGGAGCUGCCUUGCAUGCG